AUGAAGGAGUCCGUCUAUAUUAAGCUUCCUGAAAAAGAAUACAAGCACCCUAUGAAUAAUAUCUACUUCUUCUCUAUCUUCAUCAAAUUUACUAAAGAUAGCCCCAUUUACGUCCUGAUCUACAUCGAUAACCUGCUUAUCACUUCCCCAGCCAAAAAGCUUAUUGCACAAUUCAAAACUAAACUCGUAAAGCACUUCGACCUCACUAACAAAGGAGAAGUCAAGCGGUUUCUAAGAACAGACAUCAUUCGUCAGGACUACAUCGUUAAAACCCUAGUAAAAUUCAGUCUUACUAACCUAAAUAGCACCUCUACUCCUAUAAAUAAGAGGCUAAUUCUCGUCGUGAAUCCGGCUAAAGCUACCCUCAAAAAGAUCUUCCACUAUUUACAAGGCUUAAAGGACCUAUAUAUUUUCUUUGUGAAUAAGCGAUAUUAUUUAACCAAGGGUCCCGCCACUGUUUACGACACCAAGAAUCGAAUCUUUAAAAAACAACCCUACGUUGCGACCUCAAUUACUGAAUCCAAGUAUAUCGCACAGUUUACCCGCCUACUCACUGAGCUUCGCAUCCAGAUCUUCAAACCUGUCAAAAUCAUAGCAGACAACAAUGGAGCUAUCGCACUCACUAAAAACCCCGUUUUUCAUACGAAUACAAAACAUAUCUCUAUACGAUUUUAUAAGAUUCAGGAAGAAGUUAAAGCUAGCAACAUCGUCUUUACAAAGAUCCCCAUGGCAGAAAUGGCAGCAGAUAGCUUCACUAAACCCCUCGCCCACAUCCUAUUUCAACAUUGGGUAACCAUAUUCAAUCUGAGGAAGCUUCCUGACGAUAUACUUCGUACAAAUACGACCUCCGCAGCUCUCCAUACUACGGAUCCCCAUACUAGCAACUCGCCGACACAACCCCAUACUAGCACUUCGUCAGUAGAAAAUAUCGUCACCAACAUCCUUUCACUAGAUUCCUCACUCGUAUGA